AUGCCAACUCUAGAGGAUAAUAUCCACAGCCCCACAGCCCCAAAUGCUGAAAACAGCACAUGUUCAGCAGCAUCUACAGUUUCAACAGCAGCAACAUCAGCAUCUGGAGUAUGCACAAUCACAACUGCCACAGGAACAGUUUAUGCCACAGCCUCAGCAACAGCUUCAGCCCCAGCAACAGCUUCAGCCCCAGCAACAACUUCAGCCCCAGCAACACCUACAGCCCCAGCAACAGCUACAGCCCCAGCAACAGCUACAGCCCCAGCAACAGCUACAGCCCCAGCAACAGCUACAGCCCCAGCAACACCCACAGCCCCAGCAACAGCUACAGCCCCAGCAACACCCACAGCCCCAGCAACAGCUUCAGCCCCAGCAACAGCUACAGCCCCAACAACAACUACAGCCCCAACAACAACUACAGCCCGAACAACAACUACAGCCCCAGCAGCAACUACAGCCCCAGCAGCAACAACUUCAGCCCCAGCAACAACUUCAGCCCUAGCAACACCUACAGCCCCAGCAACACCCACAGUCCCAGCAACCCCUACAGCCCCAGCAACAACUUCAGCCCCAACAACAACUACAGCCCCAACAACACCUACACCCCCAGCAACAACUUCAGCCCCAACAACAACUACAGCCCCAACAACAACGGCAGCCCCAACAACAACUACAGCCCCAGUAGACUACUCAUUCUCACAGCAGCAGCAUCUACAGUUUCAACAGCAGCAACAUCAGCAUCUGGAUUAUGCCACAGCCUCAGCAACAGCUCCAGCCCCAGCAACAGCUACAGCCCCAGCAACAGCUACAGCCCCAGCAACAGCUACAGCCCCAGCAACACCUUCAGCCCCAGCAACACCUUCAGCCCCAGCAACAACUUCAGCCCUAGCAACACCUACAGCCCCAGCAACACCCACAGUCCCAGCAACCCCUACAGCCCCAGCAACAACUACAGCCCCAGCAACACCUACAACCCCAGCAACAACUACAGCCCCAGCAACACCUCCAGCCCCAGCAACACCUACAGCCCAAAGGUUAAGAAAUGAGAUAGAACACAGACAGUUUCCGUGGCAGCAACAACAGAAUGUAGACUACUCAUUCUCACAGCAACAGCAUCUUCAGUUUCAACAGCAGCAACAUCAGCAUCUGGAGGAUGCACAAUCACAACUGCCACAGGAACAGUUUAGGCCACAGCCUCAGCAACAGCUUCAGCCCCAGCAACAGCUUCAGCCCCAGCAACACCUACAGCCCCAGCAACACCUACAGGCCCAGCAACACCUACAGCCCCAGCAACAACUAAAGCCCCAGCAACACCUACAGCCCCAGCAACAACUAAAGCCCCAGCAACAACUACAGCCCCAACAACACCUACACCCCCAGCAACACCUCCAGCCCCAGCAACACCUCCAGCCCCAGCAACAACUACAGCCCCAACAACAACUACAGCCCCAACAACACCUAGAGCCCCAGCAACAACUUCAGCCCCAACAACACCUACAGCCCCAGCAACAACUAAAGCCCCAGCAACAACUACAGCCCCAACAACACCUACACCCCCAGCAACAACUUCAGCCCCAACAACAACUACAGCCCCAACAACAACGGCAGCCCCAACAACAACUACAGCCCCAGCCACAGCCUCAGCAACAGCUUCAGCCCCAGCAACAGCUACAGCCCCAACAACAACUACAGCCCGAACAACAACUACCGCCCCAGCAACAACUACAGCCCCAGCAACACCUCCAGCCCCAGCAACACCUACAGCCCAAGCAACAACUUCAGCCCCAGCAACAACUUCAGCCCCAGCACCAACUACAGCCCCAGCAACAACUACAGCCCAAACAACAACUUCAGCCCCAGCAACACCUACAGACCCAGCAACACCUACAGCCCCAGCAACAUCUACAGCCCCAGCAACAACUACAGCCCAAACAACAACUUCAGCCCCAGCAACACCUACAGACCCAGCAACACCUACAGCCCCAGCAACAACUAAAGCCCCAGCAACACCUACAGCCCCAGCAACAGCUUCAGCCCCAGCAACAGCUACAGCCCCAACAACAACUACAGCCCCAACAACAACUACAGCCCCAACAACACCUACACCCCCAGCAACAACUUCAGCCCCAACAACAACUACAGCCCCAACAACACCUACACCCCCAGCAACAACUUCAGCCCCAACAACAACUACAGUCCCAACAACAACUACAGCCCCAGCAACACCUACAUCCCCAGCAACAACUACAGCCCCAACAACACCUACAACCCCAGCAACAACUACAGCCCCAGCAACAGCUACAGCCCCAGCAACAACUACAGCCCCAUCAACAACUACAGCCCCAGCAACAACUUCAGCCCCAGCAACAACUACAUGAUCAGAAUAUCCUCCUUAAUGGAUUUACAAAGGAACAAUUAUCUGGAAAGGUGAAACACCUUGCCUUCUCUAAGGCAUGCAAAACCUUGUGUAGGAUGAUGUUUAAGGACAGUGAGAGAGAAAUUGGGCACUCUGUUUCCGGCAUGGGGGAGAAGCCGGGUCUUGACAAGGAGAAACUUGAGCAGUUAUAUGACAUCAUGAGGCAGCAGUUUCCUGGACCACAGAGCAGCAAUCAGGCCAUCAACAUUAAGCUUGCAGAAGUAUUGAAGCCAUCUGCAACUCCUAAGAAGUCGUGA